GUGAUAUAUGCCUAGAUCCAUUCCCUCUUUUGGCUUGUAUAUAUUUGGGUUUUUUGAAGAUUUUCAUACGGUGCAAGCAGCAAAAUUAGGGAUGUAGGCGACACAUUUUGAUGCAUGUCUCUGUUGUGAUUUUUAGGUUUUUUCACCAGGUGAUGUAAACAAGAGAAAAUGAGCUUGAAAUUUGGGCUCUUUUAUCUUGGUUUGCUCCGUCAAUUACAGACAGACAUUUCAUGGUUUGCAAGGUCGCCUAGUUGCAACAUGAGCUCAAGUCGGACGACUGGCGCUUCAAAGGAGCGGUUGAAAUGGACGAAUGAAUUGCACGAAUUGUUCGAGAAAGCAGUUAAUCAGAUAGGAGGGCCUGAAAGGGCUACACCAAAAGGAAUUCUGAAAGCAAUGGCAAUUCCUGGAUUAACCAUAUUUCAUGUGAAAAGCCACUUACAGAAAUACAGGAUGUCAAUAUUUACCCCCGAAGGUGGCCACAGUGACAAGAUUGAGCGAAGAAGUAUAUCAGAGGAACUACCAAAUUUUAGCACAAAAUCAGGUGCUCAGCUAAAUGAAGCAUUAAGAAUGCAAAUGGAAGCACAAAGACGAUGGAACGAUCAAAUUGAGGUUCAAAAGAGCUUGAAAAUGAAAAUUGAAGCACAAGGAAGAUUUAUGGAUCGUAUCUUUGAGGAAUACAAGAAUCGGGCACCCAGUACUAUGCCAAAGAAGCCUUAUUCUUCUGCACUAUCAAUGCCUUGUCUAAGUGAAGAAUCUGAUCAAUCAAAUGAGAAGGAAUUUGAAUCUGAUUCUGAAGUUGAAACAAAGGGAUUUGGAGAUGAAUUUCGAGCACCAAAAAAGAUCAAAAUCCAUGAAGAAAUUCAACCAAAUUUUAAUAUGUUUCAUCUUGAAGGAAUGAAUAAUAAUCCAUUUGCAGUAAAUGAUGAAAUAGGACUUUUUCCAUGGAGUGUUGGAACCUUUCAGUCCCAAUUGCAGCCAGCUUCGUUAUACAAUCCUCUAAAUUAGGUUAAAUGUUGCAGCAAAAUAAUGUUACAUAAAAUUGGCUUUGUUGUGAUGAUGUUUGUGUUAUGGUCAGAUUUGUAGUAUUUUCUGAAUAAUGACCAUACUAUGUUAUAGACUUGAGUAAUAAAAACUAAGCACAUAUCAUGUUCGAUUUGUA